GUUUUGCCAUAAAUGGAAGUCACGUGGGGUUGCUUGGAUUUCUCGCUUUGCAUUGGUGGAGAGCUGGGUCACGUUAAUUCAGCCAAUGAUAAUUCGAGAAACGGUAGCAUUAAAACGGCAACCGAAUAGAGCUGUAUUGUAUUCUGUCAAUACACAUUUUAUGGGCUGGAUCAAUCCAAAGUCAUUAAUUCCAAAAUUGCAUUAUUUUCAAAUGACUGCUUGAUCUUCAAAGGUCGUUAUUGUGCUGAUCUGAUUUCGGAGUUGUUAUCUUUUUAAAUUUCAGAUUUAUUCAGUGAAACGCGUCCGGCGUCAGUGUGGGGAUCAGGAUUGCGGGAAGGCAGGGCCCUCUGAUGAAGAUGUAAUCUGAGCCGUGUUUCACCGCCCGACGCUGUGCGCGCUGCAGUGCGCUGAGAGCUGAGGCAUACUCCUGACGUCACUUGAAUGACGCUGCGUGAGAUCCGUUAGCUUAUGGUAAAUCGCGUUUGGAACAGAGACCUUGAAGAACCUCGUACCAAUUGAACAGAAGUUUGAGUGCGAAUACUGCUAGCGUGCGGAUGGUGCUGGCGCCGGCCGCCGGGGUGCUAGCGUUUUGUGAUGACAUAGCGUAGCGUCAGAGGGAAGUUUGUUGAUAUUGCCAUGGAAACCCAAUGUGCUGACGCACGCAGCGCACUGCAGCGCUCCGCCAUGAAACAGGGCCCUGGAGUCAUUUAUCCAAAAUUGCCUUAUUUUCAAAUGACAGCUUGACCUGGAAAGAAGAAAGGUCAAGCUGUGAGCUUGACCUUGAAAGGUCAAGCUCAGCUGUCUACCAGCUGAAAUUCUCAAAUUAUUUCAUGCAUCAAUUUUUUAUUUUAUUUUUGGAGCAGAUCAUUCAUUACUCAUAUUUGCACAAUUUGAGCCAUUUGAAAAUGUUUUGAGUCUAUGACACUCGGUGAGCUAAGUGCAUCCUGCAACUUUGAAUCUAGGUGAUGCAGAAUGCUAUAGUAGAAUGUUAAAAGUGAUUUCAGUGCUGUUAUGAUGUGCACUGAUUUUUGUGACAUUGUACCCUGACAGGAAGUCACUCAGACUCAGGAGUCUCUAAUGGUCUGAGUUACAGGACGUGUCAAAUAGAUACCCUAAAGAGUGUCUGAAAUUUGGUGGUAAUGUGUGGUAGCAUCCUUACUUUGCUAUUGAAGAACUUUGUAAUUUUGAUGCUGUUUAAUGAUUUAAAUUGCACGCAGGCUACAUGCCAUUUUUUGACCUGUUGACCUGACCUAGAAUGAAUUGGACUUGAAAUUUGCAGAGAACAUGUCAGCAAGAUACCCAAUAGGUCACUGGAUAUGCCAAAUUUAACAGCAUUACUCACCACUACUUUUAUGCUGUCUGAAAAAUUUAAGGGGUUACAUCAAACCCCCUGGCCUGCUAAGGGUUAAAACUAAAAAAUGGCAUUUGGCAUAGGUACCUACCAUCAUCAUUGGGUACCAUAUUCAGCAUUAUCCCUGCCUUCAGUUGACCCUGAGAAGUGAGAACUGCAGGAAUUCACAAAAUAAAAAAAUCAAAGGAAUUGGAAUGAUUAAGGAACACCCUUUUUUAGGCUUGAGAAGUGGGACAACACAUGAAUGCUUAUAAUGUUUCUGUGUGAAAUUACUACACUGGCACCAACACUGCCAACAAUUAAAUUCAAGGUACAUUGUAUGCUGCUCAUGUUUCAGCACAGUCUUCAGGAUUUUAUGGUCAUAGGUGCUGGCUGUUGGUAGUGCAUUUCCUUCUUGCAGGUUUCCUGUGAAGCUAUGCCCCAAAGUGAUGAAAAAUAUGGUAGUGAGGUUCCUCAAGAUAGUGAUAAGGAUAAAUGUGUGAAGAGUGAGCCACAUGAUUUAAAAACACCACCUGCUGAAAAGAAAACAGGAGCUGGUGAUGACAAGAGGGCUUCAGAUAACAGUGCAAAAGUUGACUAUGGAUAUGACUUAUAUCCUGAAAGACAAGGUGGCAAGUACAAGCCCAGUGUCUGGGAACAUUUCUUCCUACAUGAGGGAGAGAAUCUCAGUGACCAAAUAACUUGUGAGAAAAAUGUUUACAACUGUUUUAAGAAAAGUCAUGGAGUCAAGCUAAUGCUAGCUGCUUUGAAAGCUUCGGGCUGCCCGGUGGACAUGAGCAGAAAUGUCUCUUGCGAGACAUGCGAGCACAUCGUCACAGGAGGGUACGACCCCUCAACAAACCAGAUUGUUGUGUGCCAGAACGUGGCUCGAAAGGAGAACGUGGUACAAGGCAUUCUUGUUCACGAGCUUAUUCACAUGUUCGACUUUUGUACCAAAAAGGUGAAUUUCGCGAAUCUGGAGCACUUGGCCUGCACGGAGAUUCGUGCAGCGAACCUGACUCACUGCAGCUACAUUAGCUCAAUCAUGCAAGGCGACUCCAGUCCCAUCAACAUCAAGCGGACACACCAGGAGUGCGUGAAGAACAAGGCGGCCUGCUCACUGGUGGCGGCGCGCGGCAUCAGCAAGCGGGAGGCAGUGCGCAUCGUGGACCUCGUGUUUCCGCAGUGCUACGGCGACCUGGAGCCGAUCGGCCGACGGGUGCGGCGCAACAGCGACGAUAUUCGCCGCGCGUACCUGGAGCGCCACAAGUACGGCUACGUAUGACGGUUGCCGGCGGCGCCAGCGGCGGCGGCUCCCGGACCUCGCGACUGCCCCAGUUAACGCCACGGAGAUGGGCCCGUGUUGCUGGUGCCACCGCUGCUGCAGACCCGGAACAGUAGGUCAUUAUUUGUUAUUUUCCUUGACGUAUGAUUGUUGGUAACAAAUCGUGUACAAUGAUCACUUUCUGUGCAUGGUGAUGAAUAUAAGAUUCGCUUUUUAGGUCA